CCAACAUAACAUAGAUUAUAGAAGAUCAUCGUGCAAAGUGCUAUCCCAUUCCGUGUUUGUUAUCUUUCUUUAUCAACCAACUAUAUCAACAUCCACUGAAACAAAGAUUGUACACAGAGUAAAACUGAACCUUUGUGUUUUGCUCUGCUUUCGAAAGCAGAAAAUGAAGACACACAGUCGAGAAAUUUCGGAAGCUGAUUCAGAUUGUAAAAGAUCAUGCCUCUGUGGCAUCGUUCCGGCGGUUUCUAUAGUUUGUGUUGUUUUGCUUUUCUCGAGUUCAUUCUUUGCUCAACGCUACAACCAGAAACUAUCGAGAUGGAGAAUGAACACCGAGAAAUUGGAAAAUGAUACUUGCAAGAAUCAGUGCAGGUCUGAUGGAAGCAGUGCACUCCCUGAAGGCAUAAUCUCCAAGACUUCUGAUUUGGAAAUGAGGCAUUUGUGGAAUCUUCCUAUGACUAAGACAAUAAAGAAUAAGCAAAACGCGUCAACCAAUUUGUUUGCAAUUGCUGUUGGGAUAAAGCAGAAAGACCUUGUGAACAAAAUGGUCAAAAAGUUUCUAUCAAGUAAUUUUGUCGUGAUGCUUUUCCACUAUGAUGGCAUUGUUGACAAAUGGAAUGACUUUGAAUGGAAUAAUCAGGUCAUUCACGUGGCUGUAGCCAAUCAAAGUAAAUGGUGGUUUGCCAAGCGUUUCUUACACCCGGACAUAGUUGCAGAAUAUGGUUAUAUUUUCCUAUGGGAUGAGGAUCUUGGAGUUGAAAACUUCCACCCUGAUAGGUAUGUUUCUAUUAUAGAAAGUGAAGGACUUGAGAUAUCACAACCAGCACUUGAUACUGAAAAUUCAGAGGUACAUCAUCAGAUUACAGCACGUGGGAGGAGGUCAAAAGUACACAGAAGGAUUUACAAAACUGGUGGUAGAGGCAAAGGUUGUGACGAAAAUAGCUCUGCUCCUCCUUGCACAGGGUAUGUUGAAAUGAUGGCUCCUGUUUUCUCAAGAGCUGCUUGGCGUUGCGUUUGGUAUAUGAUUCAGGUGCACCAUUUUCUCUUUUUAAUGCUACUCAAAGCAUUUAUAAGCAUGUCUUUUAUAUGAUU